AUGUCCUCCCGAGGAGGCUGCUGGUACUUAAGGAGUGCUCUGCAGACCCCCUCAAGCAUGCUGGAGCAGGAAACAAAGAUCUGGAAGCACUACUCCAAAGGAGGAGUCCUCCGGUUUCCCCUGAGGCUCCCCACCAGGAGGAAGACAGUGACCACAAGGAAGACAAAAAAGUCACUGGAGUGGGUCAACUCUAAGCAAACUCUUACAAAAAGCGGAAAAUACGUGCUGGGAUACAAGCAGACUCUGAAAAUGAUCAGACAUGGCAAAGUGAAACCGGUCAUCCUUGCCAACAACCACACAGCCUUUAGGAAGUCUGAAAUAGAAUACUACACCAUGUUGGAAACUGAUGGCCAUCACUGCAGUGGCAGUAAUACUGAAUUGGGCAUAGCGUGUGGGAAAUACUACAGAGCAUGCGCACUGGCUAUCAUUGAUUCACGUAAUUCUGUUAUCAUUAGAAGCAUGCCAGUGAGAACUGAGAGCAACGCGCUAGGGCUGCUGCAGCCGCUCGGGCCAACUCCAGCGCCGGAGGGGCGGGCAGCCCACUCCCCACCCGAUCCCACCCACCCCAGCACACGCGCGCACACCCGCGCCGAGACUGCGGUCCGGGCCGGUCUGCCCUGA